AGACAUGAAGGUCCUCAUCCUCACCUGCCUGGUGGCUCUUGCUCUUGCAAGAGAGAAGGAAGAAUUCACAGUGUCCAGUGAGACUGUAGAGAGUGUUUCAGGCAGUGAGGAAUCUACUACACACGUUAACAAGCAGAAACUUGAGAAUUUUAAACUUGGGGAGCAGCAGCAAGGACAGGAUGAACACCAGAAUAAAAUCCACCCCGUUUUCCAGCCACAGCCUCUAGUCUAUCCUUUUGCUGAGCCCAUUCCUUACCCUGUCCUUCCACAGAAUGUCCUUCCCCUUGCUCAGCCUGGUAUGGUGCUGCCUUUCCUUCCCCCUGGAAUAAUGGAAAUCCCCAAAGUUAAGGAGACCAUCUUUCCCAGUCGCAAAGUGAUGCCCUUCCUGAAAUCUCCAAUCGUGCCCCUUUUGGACAGCCAAAUCCUGAGUCUCACUGAUCUCGAAAAUCUGCAAAUCCCUCUGUCUCUGCCUCUUCCUCUGCUCCAGCCCCUGAUGCACCAGAUCCCCCAGGGUUUCCCUCUCCUCCAGACCCCCCAGGGUCUCUCCCAGACCCCCCAGGCUCUCCACCAGACUCCCAUGCUUCCUCCUCAGCCAAUACUGUCCAUCCCACAGUCCAUCCCACAGCCCAAAGUUUUGCCUUUUCCCCAACAAAUGGUGCCCUACCUCCAGAGAGACAUGCCAGUGCCAACCCUACUGCUGUACCAGGAUGCCACCCAUGAGGCCCAGCCUGUGACUGCCCCAGUUUCCAACCCCAUUAUUGUAAGUCCAAACUUAAUAAUUCUUCUGUCUCACUUAUGA